AUGAACGUUUUCGAGCAAAUCGUCGACACCGUUAAAGAUGGCGUCGAGACGCUCACUCUCACCGAAGUCAUCCAGGUUCGUUUUUGAUAUUUUCUUCAUUAAUUAUCUUUGGAGCUUAUGUUACUGACAAGGGUGGUCAUUUUGCAUUGCGCUUAGUAAUCUUCUGAAAAUUGGCCAUAACACUCCUUAAUGUACCUCACGUCAAAGUUUCUGAAUUUACACAAAAAGCAAGUGCGCGUUUCGGACAAAAAUACGUCAUUCUACGUCACAAAUUAAACUGAGUAUUCAACGUUAAUAACUUGUUCGUUCGAACACCAUUGGCUGCGUACUUCCGAUUUGACUUUUUGCGCCAAAAUUUUUUUACCGUGGUACCUGAAAGGUGCCCAACUUUCUAACUUUUCAGGAAUAGGGCCUCAAAAUCAAGUGAAAACCCUUAAAAUAUGUGGGAAUAGGCUAUUUUUGGGCUUUGAGUCCCCGUUCCUCGAAAAUCAGAAAACUGUGCAGGUUGAAACUUCUAGGAUGUUUUUCUGGUACACCAGGCUCGGGCGUCAGGCUCUGGGCCUACAAUUUAAAAGAAAGCCUGCGUGGGCUCUUGAGUUUUUUGGGCCGGGCAUUUUGCUUAGGGCCUCCCUAGGGCCGGGCCGGGGGACCGAGAGGUUGACGGGCCGGCCCUCGCACAAGCCUGGGGUACACCAAAGAAUUUUCUGGCCAAUUUUCUGGAAAUUCCUCACAGUAAAAUGAUCUCAAAAAAGUAUCUAGUUUUGAAAUUAAUUGUCUGAAGCAAUCUAGGACACCUUGAUAUCAUAUGAGUCAAGAAACUUGCGCCUUCCAUUCUGAUUUGCUUGAUGAAAAAGACCAAGAAAAAUCUUUUAUCAAAAACUAGGGACCACCGCAGGUUUUCAGAAGCUUCCAGUGUCCAGAAUGAAUGGAAAACCUCCUUUCAAAUGGAUGGUAUUUUUUUAGUCCCAUGAUAGACUAACAAUUAGUGAAGCCUUUUUUGUUAAUAUCUCUUCAAAAAGCUAUUUCCAGGUUCCUGCUGGUCAAGGCGGCAACAUCAUCAACAAUAUGAUGCACCAGCUUCCAUUCCAACCGAACCAAGGUCCGAACCAGAACUGCCCGGCUCCACAGAACCCGCAGUUCGACCCGAGAAAUCAGCAGAACCCGAACUGUCCUCCUCAAAAUCAGCAGAAUCCGAACUGUCCCCAGCCUGUCGUUGGCGGCAUCGGCCUGCAGAAUCCACAAUACAAUCCUCAGAAUCCGAAUUGUCCCCCUCAAAACCCACAGAAUCCGAAUUGUCCUCCUCCAAAUCAACAAAAUCCAAAUUGUCCCCAGCCUAUCGUAGGCGGCAUCGGCCUGCAAAAUCCACAAUAUAAUCCUCAGAAUCCGAAUUGUCCCCCUCAAAAUCAGCAACCUUUCCAGAAUCCUCAGUACAAUCCUCAGAAUCCCAACUGCCCUCCAGCUCAACAGAACCCAAAUUGUCUUCCUCCAGCUCAACAGAAUCCUCAAUAUAACCCUCAAAAUCCGAAUUGCCCUCCUAUAAAUCAGCAGCCUGGUCAAAAUCCUCAGAAUCCGAAUUGUCCACCUCUAGCCCAACAGAACCCAAAUUGCCCUCCUAUGAACCAGCAGCCUGGUCAAAAUCCUCAAUAUAAUCCUCAGAAUCCGAAUUGCCCUCCUCCAGCUCAACAAAAUCCUCAGAACCCAAAUCGCCCUCCUCCAGCUCAACAAAAUCCUCAGUACAAUCCCCAAAAUCCAAAUUGUCCUCCUAUAAACCAGCAACCUGUUCAAAAUCCUCAAUUCAAUCCCCAGAACCCAAAUUGCCCUCCUCCUGCUCAACAAAAUCCUCAGAACCCCAAUUGUCCUCCUCAGAAUCAGCAGCCCUUCCAAAAUCCUCAAUAUAACCCUCAGAAUCCAAACUGUCCGCCUUCAAUCCAACAGCCUCAACUUCCGAUUCACAUCACCUUUGUACCUGAUCAGCCGGCCCAGAACCCAAACUGUCCUCCAGCUCCAAACUCAGGUCUCGAUAUCCAAAUCACAUUGUUGAAUGAUCAAGGUAACACCCAAAAUCCGAAUUGUCCUCCUCAGAACCAACCAAAUCCGAAUUGUCCCCCAGGUCAGCAGAAUCCUCAAUACAACCCUCAGAAUCCGAAUUGUCCUCCUCAAAAUCAGCAACCUUUCCAGAAUCCUCAGUACAAUCCCAACUGUCCUCCAGCUCAACAGAACCCGAAUUGUCCUCCUCCAGCUCAACAAAAUUGUCCCCCCAUCCAAAGCUGCAACGUUCCAGCAACCUACAAUCCGUAUAAUUGA